AUGCGUUACUCUCUACUGUUACGAGCCACAGUCAAGGAAGUUCAAAAGUUGAUCAAACACGAUUUGGGUAUUGUCGAGCAGGACAAGUUUACGAUACGAGUAAGCGCUGGUUCCGGAGGACACGGCUUAUCACGGUACGAUGGUCGUGGAGGAAACGGAGGAAGUGUCUACGUAAGGGCACUGCCGAAUAUGGCAUUCUCCGACAUCAGGAAACGCCUGGGUGGAAAAAUGAGGUUGAAAGCCGUGAGCGGCACUUCCAGUAAGAAGGUGAAGCUGGUUGGCGACGACGGAGAAGACACGUGCUUCGAUGUUCCUGUCGGAGUUGAGGCUGUUGAUGACGACCGAAAUGUGCUACUUGCAAGAUGUACCAGGCCGUUCCAGAAAUAUUUGAUAGCAAGAGGAGGUUGUGGUGGAAAUGCAAGGAAUGAUUUCAAAGGCGAACAAGGAGAACAAUUCAAUAUGUCACUUCAUCUGAAACUCCGCCCCAAUGUGGGACUCGUUGGAUUCCCAAAUGCUGGCAAAUCGACUUUGAUGAAAGCGAUUGUGCCACGGAAAAGCAUUAAAAUUGCACCUUACCCUUUCACUACGACCAAACCACAAUUGGCAUUCUGGACUGCAGAGAAGGGGAGAAAAGGCAUAGAAGACGACUUCACAUUAUCUCUUGCCGAUUUACCAGGAUUAAUAGAAGGAGCAGCUCAGAAUCGUGGAAAAGGACAUAAAUUCCUUAAACACCUGGAAUACUCGGAUAUUCUGCUGUAUAGUGGUGGAUUGUAUGGGAUUCCAACUUUCCAACAACUUAAAUGA